AUGCGCCGCAUCAAUGACGCCGUGUGGAGCGUGGAUUGGGAUCUCGUGAAGAACGUGCUAAACCCUCCAGACGGCAGCGAUGGGGCCCCCUUCGAGCUGUGUGCGGCGACCCGAGACGACUGGAACCGCUACGUCCAGUCCGAGGAGCAAGCGCUUAAAGUCUUCAUUGUCGAGUUGUCGGGGGCUCUGCACGAGCUGCUCGUUGAAGACGUCCGACAAGCGAUUACCGACGCAACUGGGACUGGCAGAACUCACUUGGCGCAUCGUGGAGCGGCCUAUAUCGAUAGACGUCCGACAUUGCCGGACGAAACUAAUGAUCUCUUAGCCUAUCUCGAGCCAGACGCCAGCUUCGGUCCUUUUCGAUUCCUUCCUGGGGCAGUGCUCCCACAGGGAUUUACCUGGAUGAACUUCCACACGCUGAAAGUGGAGAUGAGGGUGCAUCAAGGCUGGGGCCCCCUGUAG